UGUCAGAAGUCAUGGCGGAUGAGGAAUAUCCGCUCCUCGGCUUCGGCCAGGCAGUGAUCGGGCCGCCAGGCUCGGGUAAGACUACGUACGUGCGGGCUAUGCACGCCAUGCUGACAGGACUAGGUCGUCCCUGUGCUAUUAUUAACCUUGACCCGGCUGGGGAAGACGAGCCGGGGUCGUCCGUGAGCCUUCGAGAACUACUGGGGCUUCAGGAGGUGAUGGAGGAGCUGCGGCUCGGGCCAAACGGGGCACUUCUAUACUGUAUGGAGUAUCUGCAAGAAAACUUAGACUGGUUGCGUGGUCGGCUUCAGCAGCUGCGCGGGGCAUAUCUGCUUCUGGACUGCCCGGGACAAGUGGAGCUCUAUACGCAUCACCCGGCCUUGCCCCACAUACUGCGCCAACUUGGGUCCUGGGGUCUGCGGCUUUGUGCUGUACAUCUGGUGGACUCCCAUUAUUGCACAGACCCUGCCAAGUUCAUCUCUGUCCUGUGUACAUCCCUCAGCACUAUGCUUCACGUGGAGCUGCCACACAUCAAUGUCCUGUCAAAGAUGGACCUCAUUGAGCAGUAUGGCCGUUUGGCCUUUAACCUGGACUAUUAUACUGAAGUUAUGGAUCUUUCUUAUCUGGUUGAUCACCUCACAUCUGACCCUUUUUUCCGGCGCCAUAGACGACUGCAUGAGAAGCUGGCUGAAGUUAUUCAAGAUUAUGGACUUGUGACUUUCACACCUCUAAGCGUCAAGAAUGAAUCAAGCAUGCAGAAGCUUCUGUCAUCGGUGGAUAAAGCCACUGGCUACUGCUUUGGGGAACAGAAGCAAACUCUCGGGAAUCUGAUGUCUGUAGCUGUUGGAGCAGAUUUCCACUUCACAUCAACAUUGGCUUUUCAGGAGAAGUAUGUGGAAGAGGAAAAACGCACAGUAGCAGAAGAGGCCUUGGACCUUUGAUAUCUCAGUGUGUGUGUGGGGGGGGCUCACCAAACUGAAGAAGUGUUGUCCCUAAUACUUUAAUUCCCUCUGGCAGGGAUGCAGAUAAUAUCUCCACCAUAAUGUGGGUGGGAUGCAGAGUGGUGCUCUGCAGGGCAGGGAUUUUUUGGGGAUAUUGUUUAAUUUAUUUUUGUACUGAAGAUAAAUAUUAAAAUAUUGGACUUUCUUUUCUCCA